AUGUCCGUACUCCAUUCAUCGCUUGAGGUGGAGCUGUACAACCUCUGCCUCGUGGAAAGCUCGUGGAAGGGACGUCACGAUGUUGCUAACCGGAAUGGGGACAUUUACAACAGCUCCUUUUAUUGCACUCUGACGCUCAUGACCUAUCGACUUAAUUAUCAUAAAUGGAAGGCGAGGACUAUUCCGGAGUACCGAAAUCCUGAACGGGUUCGGGACGCCGCAGCGCGUACUAUUCGGCGAGAAGACACCGAGGAGCGGCGACAAGAGCAGGUGCAAAAUACUGCUGACCAUGCCACUCGGAGGAACAAUCCCGAAUUUCGAAUUUCAGAGCGGAUUCGGGACGCCGCAGCACGAGCUGCUCAUCGCGAGGACCCAGAGGAACGUGCAAGGGAACAGGAAAGGAACACUGGAGAGCACCGACAGCGACGAAGGGAUAUGGAAGACAGGCAGCGAGAACGGGAAAGGGACGCCGAUAACAGGAGAGCAACCAGGAGAAAUCCCAUCGCUAGAUCACAGGAGCAACGGAUAAACACAUCACAACGCCGGGAAACACGACAACAGCGGAGGAUUCGGGAAGAACAAAUUCGGCAAAUGGCAGAGGAUCGAUUAUUAAACUUUAGGAUGGACUCACAAAAUCGACUGGAUGCCUCCCAAAGGCAGUCGCAAAGAAACAUGGACGCAAGAGCUCAACUUUCGGAGGAUGAACUGGCACGGGAACGAGGACAACAGCGAAAUAGGAUUCGAUCAUCAGCGAGGGAUCUGUACCACAGGAACAUUAAGGAAGGCCCAACGGCUAUUUGUAUUUGCUGUGGAGGAACAUGGUUCCGUUCGCAGUUGGAAGGAAUUUGUUUAGCAGAUUUCGCAGCUUGGUACAGAUUUGUCAAGCGGAUUGCACGAUCUGCCGCUAAUCAUAGGGAAGACUAUGAUGAAGCAAAUGAUGUGGAGGUAGAUGACGAAGAUGAAGUUGCUGAGCAAAGUUAUCCACUGAUGGAUGGGUCUGGUUGCGUUAAGAAACGUAGGCAUCCCCUGAUUCUAAGGUGGGUUCGCUUUAGCAUAAACUCUUCACCUUGCGAUUAUUUCCGAGAGCAUUUAAUGCUCUUCUAUCCUUGGCGAAAUGAAGAAGCUGAACUUCUUUCCAACGACAUUGAAAACACAUUCCGAGUAAACCAUGAAGCCAUUAAGAUAAUGAAAAGGAACUAUGAUGUGUUUGAUGAUAUGGAGUUAGAAAGAGUUCUGGAAGAUUUGCAAGAGGAUAGGGGAGAUAAUGCUCCUGAUGCGGAAGAACCUGCCUCACAAUUUUUAGACGAAGAGUUUAGAGCUUUGGCUGUACCAAAUAUAGAGCGGAACUACCGAAAUCCUGAACGGGUUCGGGACGCCGCAGCGCGUACUAUUCGGCGAGAAGACACCGAGGAGCGGCGACAAGAGCAGGUGCAAAAUACUGCUGACCAUGCCACUCGGAGGAACAAUCCCGAAUUUCGAAUUUCAGAGCGGAUUCGGGACGCCGCAGCACGAGCUGCUCAUCGCGAGGACCCAGAGGAACGUGCAAGGGAACAGGAAAGGAACACUGGAGAGCACCGACAGCGACGAAGGGAUAUGGAAGACAGGCAGCGAGAACGGGAAAGGGACGCCGAUAACAGGAGAGCAACCAGGAGAAAUCCCAUCGCUAGAUCACAGGAGCAACGGAUUCGGGAAGAACAAAUUCGGCAAAUGGCAGAGGAUCGAUUAUUAAACUUUAGGAUGGACUCACAAAAUCGACUGGAUGCCUCCCAAAGGCAGUCGCAAAGAAACAUGGACGCAAGAGCUCAACUUUCGGAGGAUGAACUGGCACGGGAACGAGGACAACAGCGAAAUAGGAUUCGAUCAUCAGCGAGGGAUCUGUACCACAGGAACAUUAAGGAAGGCCCAACGGCUAUUUGUAUUUGCUGUGGAGGAACAUGGUUCCGUUCGCAGUUGGAAGGAAUUUGUUUAGCAGAUUUCGCAGCUUGGUACAGAUUUGUCAAGCGGAUUGCACGAUCUGCCGCUAAUCAUAGGGAAGACUAUGAUGAAGCAAAUGAUGUGGAGGUAGAUGACGAAGAUGAAGUUGCUGAGCAAAGUUAUCCACUGAUGGAUGGGUCUGGUUGCGUUAAGAAACGUAGGCAUCCCCUGAUUCUAAGGUGGGUUCGCUUUAGCAUAAACUCUUCACCUUGCGAUUAUUUCCGAGAGCAUUUAAUGCUCUUCUAUCCUUGGCGAAAUGAAGAAGCUGAACUUCUUUCCAACGACAUUGAAAACACAUUCCGAGUAAACCAUGAAGCCAUUAAGAUAAUGAAAAGGAACUAUGAUGUGUUUGAUGAUAUGGAGUUAGAAAGAGUUCUGGAAGAUUUGCAAGAGGAUAGGGGAGAUAAUGCUCCUGAUGCGGAAGAACCUGCCUCACAAUUUUUAGACGAAGAGUUUAGAGCUUUGGCUGUACCAAAUAUAGAGCGGAACUACCGAAAUCCUGAACGGGUUCGGGACGCCGCAGCGCGUACUAUUCGGCGAGAAGACACCGAGGAGCGGCGACAAGAGCAGGUGCAAAAUACUGCUGACCAUGCCACUCGGAGGAACAAUCCCGAAUUUCGAAUUUCAGAGCGGAUUCGGGACGCCGCAGCACGAGCUGCUCAUCGCGAGGACCCAGAGGAACGUGCAAGGGAACAGGAAAGGAACACUGGAGAGCACCGACAGCGACGAAGGGAUAUGGAAGACAGGCAGCGAGAACGGGAAAGGGACGCCGAUAACAGGAGAGCAACCAGGAGAAAUCCCAUCGCUAGAUCACAGGAGCAACGGAUAAACACAUCACAACGCCGGGAAACACGACAACAGCGGAGGAUUCGGGAAGAACAAAUUCGGCAAAUGGCAGAGGAUCGAUUAUUAAACUUUAGGAUGGACUCACAAAAUCGACUGGAUGCCUCCCAAAGGCAGUCGCAAAGAAACAUGGACGCAAGAGCUCAACUUUCGGAGGAUGAACUGGCACGGGAACGAGGACAACAGCGAAAUAGGAUUCGAUCAUCAGCGAGGGAUCUGUACCACAGAAACAUUAAGGAAGGCCCAACGGCUAUUUGUAUUUGCUGUGGAGGAACAUGGUUCCGUUCGCAGUUGGAAGGAAUUUGUUUAGCAGAUUUCGCAGCUUGGUACAGAUUUGUCAAGCGGAUUGCACGAUCUGCCGCUAAUCAUAGGGAAGACUAUGAUGAAGCAAAUGAUGUGGAGGUAGAUGACGAAGAUGAAGUUGCUGAGCAAAGUUAUCCACUGAUGGAUGGGUCUGGUUGCGUUAAGAAACGUAGGCAUCCCCUGAUUCUAAGGUGGGUUCGCUUUAGCAUAAACUCUUCACCUUGCGAUUAUUUCCGAGAGCAUUUAAUGCUCUUCUAUCCUUGGCGAAAUGAAGAAGCUGAACUUCUUUCCAACGACAUUGAAAACACAUUCCGAGUAAACCAUGAAGCCAUUAAGAUAAUGAAAAGGAACUAUGAUGUGUUUGAUGAUAUGGAGUUAGAAAGAGUUCUGGAAGAUUUGCAAGAGGAUAGGGGAGAUAAUGCUCCUGAUGCGGAAGAACCUGCCUCACAAUUUUUAGACGAAGAGUUUAGAGCUUUGGCUGUACCAAAUAUAGAGCGGAACUACCGAAAUCCUGAACGGGUUCGGGACGCCGCAGCGCGUACUAUUCGGCGAGAAGACACCGAGGAGCGGCGACAAGAGCAGGUGCAAAAUACUGCUGACCAUGCCACUCGGAGGAACAAUCCCGAAUUUCGAAUUUCAGAGCGGAUUCGGGACGCCGCAGCACGAGCUGCUCAUCGCGAGGACCCAGAGGAACGUGCAAGGGAACAGGAAAGGAACACUGGAGAGCACCGACAGCGACGAAGGGAUAUGGAAGACAGGCAGCGAGAACGGGAAAGGGACGCCGAUAACAGGAGAGCAACCAGGAGAAAUCCCAUCGCUAGAUCACAGGAGCAACGGAUAAACACAUCACAACGCCGGGAAACACGACAACAGCGGAGGAUUCGGGAAGAACAAAUUCGGCAAAUGGCAGAGGAUCGAUUAUUAAACUUUAGGAUGGACUCACAAAAUCGACUGGAUGCCUCCCAAAGGCAGUCGCAAAGAAACAUGGACGCAAGAGCUCAACUUUCGGAGGAUGAACUGGCACGGGAACGAGGACAACAGCGAAAUAGGAUUCGAUCAUCAGCGAGGGAUCUGUACCACAGAAACAUUAAGGAAGGCCCAACGGCUAUUUGUAUUUGCUGUGGAGGAACAUGGUUCCGUUCGCAGUACCGAAAUCCUGAACGGGUUCGGGACGCCGCAGCGCGUACUAUUCGGCGAGAAGACACCGAGGAGCGGCGACAAGAGCAGGUGCAAAAUACUGCUGACCAUGCCACUCGGAGGAACAAUCCCGAAUUUCGAAUUUCAGAGCGGAUUCGGGACGCCGCAGCACGAGCUGCUCAUCGCGAGGACCCAGAGGAACGUGCAAGGGAACAGGAAAGGAACACUGGAGAGCACCGACAGCGACGAAGGGAUAUGGAAGACAGGCAGCGAGAACGGGAAAGGGACGCCGAUAACAGGAGAGCAACCAGGAGAAAUCCCAUCGCUAGAUCACAGGAGCAACGGAUAAACACAUCACAACGCCGGGAAACACGACAACAGCGGAGGAUUCGGGAAGAACAAAUUCGGCAAAUGGCAGAGGAUCGAUUAUUAAACUUUAGGAUGGACUCACAAAAUCGACUGGAUGCCUCCCAAAGGCAGUCGCAAAGAAACAUGGACGCAAGAGCUCAACUUUCGGAGGAUGAACUGGCACGGGAACGAGGACAACAGCGAAAUAGGAUUCGAUCAUCAGCGAGGGAUCUGUACCACAGGAACAUUAAGGAAGGCCCAACGGCUAUUUGUAUUUGCUGUGGAGGAACAUGGUUCCGUUCGCAGUUGGAAGGAAUUUGUUUAGCAGAUUUCGCAGCUUGGUACAGAUUUGUCAAGCGGAUUGCACGAUCUGCCGCUAAUCAUAGGGAAGACUAUGAUGAAGCAAAUGAUGUGGAGGUAGAUGACGAAGAUGAAGUUGCUGAGCAAAGUUAUCCACUGAUGGAUGGGUCUGGUUGCGUUAAGAAACGUAGGCAUCCCCUGAUUCUAAGGUGGGUUCGCUUUAGCAUAAACUCUUCACCUUGCGAUUAUUUCCGAGAGCAUUUAAUGCUCUUCUAUCCUUGGCGAAAUGAAGAAGCUGAACUUCUUUCCAACGACAUUGAAAACACAUUCCGAGUAAACCAUGAAGCCAUUAAGAUAAUGAAAAGGAACUAUGAUGUGUUUGAUGAUAUGGAGUUAGAAAGAGUUCUGGAAGAUUUGCAAGAGGAUAGGGAGAUAAUGCUCCUGAUGCGGAAGAACCUGCCUCACAAUUUUUAG